AAAACAUACUUUGUGUGCUUGAGAGAGAGAUGAAAGGAUCACAUUGGAUGCUAAUCACCUUCUUCACAUUCCAACUUUUUCAAGCAGCAUUUUGUCGUGUUCACUUGCAUAACACCUCUGCAUUUGAUCAAAAGUGCCAGGAGCCAGCUCUCCCACCAGGAACCCCUCUUGCAAGAGAAUAUGAUUUCAUUUACUUUGUUCAACAGUGGCAGAUUUCUCUGUGUUACAUCAAGUCUUGCAUAAAACCAGCAAGGCCAAUUUUCAGCAUUCAUGGGCUCAGGCCAUCUAGUUAUUCCGGGACAACUCCUUCAAACUGUGGUACUGGUAGUAAAUUUGAUCCGCAAAAGAUUUCAGACCUUAUAGAUAGAUUGAACGUGGAAUGGCCAUCGCUCGUGCUGGAGGAUAAUUAUGAACUCUGGAAAUAUGAGUUGGAAAAACAUGGAAUUUGCUCCCAAGCCUUACUCCCUCAGCAUGCAUUUUUUGAGGCAGCACUCAAACUGAAGGAGAAAUAUAGACUCGUGGAUAUGCUAGCAGAGAAAGAUAUCUAUCCAUUUGGUGAACUCUACAGAGUUGACAGCGUUACUGAUGCUAUUAGAACAGCUACGGGGCACAAUCCUCAAAUACAGUGCAACUUGUACAAGAAAAUACCUCUGCUCUCACAGAUUUUCCUCUGCUUUGACACCAAUGCAACCAAUAUCAUCGACUGCCCCCUAAAAAAGAGAUGCCACUAUGAUGAAAUAAUGAUUCCUUUCUCUGUUUGGUUCUAGAAAAAACAAGCGAGGUAAAGAAAAUGGGAGAGGAAAAAGAAAAGGACAUAGACUCUUUUCCUUCAGUUUGCAAGCUUGGGAAAAUAAGAGCGAAGAGAAAUUUGCCAGGGAAGUA